AAAUUGGUUUGUUGGAAUCACAGACCGCGGAGAUGGUUGGCGGGCCAGGCGCUGAGCUGUGCUCCGAGCGGUUCGGCUCCGGAUCCGUGCGCAGCUGCCGCGCUGCCCCCGACGGGAGCCUGAAGUGGGAGGGGGGCACCUGGCGCCGCUGGGCGCUCUCCGGGGAAGUCCCCACGGGAGCUCCAGCGGCGGGCGGCAGGAGGGGUAGCGCCCUGCAGGCUCUCUCCGGCCUGCUGGCGGUGUUCCUGCCGCAGGGCUUCCCGGACAGCGUCAGCCCGGAUUAUCUGCCCUACCAGCUGUGGGAUUCGGUGCAGGCCUUUGCUUCCAGCCUCUCCGGCUCCCUGGCCACCCAUGCGGUCUUGCUGGGAUUAGGGGUGGGCAAUGCCAACGCUUCUGUUUCAGCUGCCACAGCCACCUGGCUCUUGAAAGAUUCAACGGGUAUGAUGGGCCGCAUCAUCUUUGCCUGGUGGAAAGGGAGCAAACUGGACUGUAAUGCAAAGCAGUGGAGGCUCUUUGCUGACAUCCUCAAUGAUAUAGCUAUGUUCCUCGAGAUUAUGGCUCCCAUAUGCCCACUCUGUUUCACCAUGACUGUCAGUAUCAGCAACCUGGCCAAGUGCAUUGUGAGUGUGGCUGGUGGGGCCACUCGAGCUGCACUGACCAUGCACCAGGCCCGCAGAAACAACAUGGCUGAUGUGUCAGCCAAGGACAGCAGCCAGGAGACCCUGGUGAACCUAGCUGGGCUCCUGGUCAGCCUUUUGAUGCUUCCUCUGGUGUCAGAUUGCCCAAGCCUCAGCCUCGGAUGUUUCUCCCUCCUCACUGCCAUCCACAUCUACGCCAACUACCGGGCAGUCCGGGCUCUUGUCCUGGAGACCUUAAACGAAAUCCGGCUCCGGCUGGUCCUGAAGCACUUCCUUCAUAGAGGAGAGAUACUCGAGCCUGCUGCAGCCAAUCAGAUGGAGCCACUGUGGAUAGGUUUCUGGCCAUCCCUGUCUCUGUCGCUGGGUGUCCCCUUACACCACUUGGUGUCCAGUGUCUUUGAGCUGAAGCAGCUGGUUGAGGGACAUCAAGAACCCUACCUCCUUUGCUGGAACCAGUCUCAAAACCAGGUGAAAGUGGUCCUGAGGCCGAUGGCAGGCCCUGAAACUAUCUUAAGGGCUGCCACACAUGGACUGAUACUUGGAGCCCUACAGGAAGAUGGGCCACUUCCAGGAGAGUUGGAGGAGCUGAGGAACCAGGUUCGGGCUGGUCCUAAGAAAGAGAGCUGGAUCAUCGUCAGGGAGACACAUCACGUGUUGGACACACUGUUCCCAAAGUUCUUGAAAGGACUUCAGGCUGCUGGCUGGAAGACCGAGAAGCACCAACUAGAGGUGGAUGAGUGGAGGGCCACAUGGCCCCUGUCUCCAGAAAAGAAGGUCUUAUGAGCAGCCCAGAUGAGGGCCCAGAGCCAGGACACUUGGGCAACAGCAGAAUGUCAGCAAGACGGCUUUAUUUUUAAGUAGACCAACUGUUAGGGCCAGUUGGCCACCACCUUGUGGGAAGUGAUGACCGAUCCAAUGGCCUGGACACCAGGCCGAGAGAAAGGGAACCAGUAUCUGCCUGCCCCAUUCCUGCCCUUUUUCCAGAAUCCAUUACAAGCUCCCCACCCCUACUUUUUGUGAGGUUCAGGGAUGCCCU